GUAUUUCGGAACAGAUGUUUAUCCCAUUGGUCGCUUAGUGUCAUUGUUUGUACCACGGUGCGUAGCAUUGGCAACAAAGGAAGAAGAAGAGCCGCGCGCAACAGCUGUUAUUUACCAGCAGCAGCUGCGACUCAAUCGCAUUGUUGUAUUUUGUGAACUAAACACAGCUCGUUUGCACAAGCACGCAAAAACAGUCACACUGUAGCUGCAGUGGCAACAAAUCAAAGAUUUGGUUAAUGUUUAAGCAAUUAUUAAUUUACUCCUUUUAUUAAAUUUAUGCCAUGGAUUGACGAAGUUGAAGCUUUCAAACAACACAUUGAAAACCUACAGCACAACAGCGCAGCAGUGAAAAAGUAACAAUUGCGUCGUAUAACAAGCCUGAAGUAGUCGCUAAAUAUUUAUAAUUUGUGAAAAACAAUAUUUAAUUGAGGGUUGUGCAAAACCAAAACCAAAUCGAAUGAUCAGCACUAUUUGAUUGUCAAAAUAGUCGAGAACAGGCUGGCAAAUACAAAUACAAAAGCAACAACAACAUCAACCGAGUAGCUGGAGGAAGAAGAGUGUGUGCGGGCCCGCCAGCUGAGAUUUCCGUAAUAGCAGGGGCAACAACACAGCUCCAGAAUGAGCAUGGUCCGGCGCAUACUAUUACUGGCUCCAAAAUACAAAAUUUGGACAAAGGGAACCAGCGUGAGUCACACACAACACACAUCCAGAUGCAUCAUAGUAAGCACAGGAUGCACUCGACACUUUCAUCUGGCCACAAGGCACCUUUCCGCAAAUGGACGGGUCAUGGUGCAGCCAUUGAUGACGAUACCUGCCUACAUUGACAUAACAAAUGGGGUAACCACGAUGUCAGAUGGGGAGAGUAGCAGUAGCAGCAGCACAAGCGGUGCACAUGGUAGUGGUCCCGCUAAGAUACCUGGCCAGGGAGCGGGGGGCGGUGGCGCAAACACAACCGGCGGAAAUGAUAAGUUUCUGUCUUGUCCAAAGUGCGGCAGUGCCUGCACCCAGGUUGAGACGUUCGUCAGCUCGACACGUUUCGUCAAGUGCGCCAAGUGCAAUUAUUUUUUCGUGGUGCUGUCCGAUGUUGAGACAAAGCAUCGUGUCAAGGAGGAGCCGAAGAAUCAGCGCAAGCCACCGCCGCCGCCACAGAAGAUCAUGGAAUAUCUGGACAAGCAUGUGGUUGGCCAGGAGUUUGCCAAGAAAGUGCUGGCUGUAGCUGUAUACAAUCACUACAAGCGCAUCCAUCACAAUCUGCCUCAAUUGCAGCAGCAAAACCAGAGCUCCACAAGCGGCUCUGGCGGAAUGGAUGGUAUACCGCGCUCGGAUCUGCUGCACAUCACCGGCAUUGGUCAUACACUGAGUAGCACACCAGGCAGUGAGUUGCCGCCUAAGCCGGCACAGAUGGGCUUGGGAGGUGGUGCUGGACUGACUGGAUCAGGGCUCGGUCUCCAUGGCAGCGGCAGCAGUGCUUCCAUGCCACGCGGAGAUCAACGCCCCGGCUCUGAAAUACUGGACAAUCAGAACAAUGAUGUUAAGCUGGAGAAGAGCAACAUCAUAAUGCUCGGACCAACAGGUUCGGGGAAAACACUCAUUGCCCAGACAAUUGCCCGUUGCUUGGAUGUACCCUUUGCCAUCUGCGAUUGCACAACGCUCACACAAGCGGGUUACGUGGGUGAGGAUAUUGAGAGCGUUAUUUCCAAGUUGCUCCAGGAUGCCAACUACAACGUGGAACGAGCGCAAACUGGCAUUGUAUUUCUGGACGAGGUGGAUAAAAUUGGCGCCGUGCCUGGCAUUCAUCAGCUGCGCGAUGUGGGCGGCGAGGGUGUUCAACAAGGCAUGCUCAAGAUGCUUGAGGGCACCGUUGUCAAUGUCCCUGAGCGCAACUCUCCCCGCAAGCUACGUGGCGAAACAGUGCAAGUGGACACAACCAACAUUCUUUUUGUGGCAUCGGGAGCUUACACGGGUCUUGAUCGUCUCAUUGGCCGCCGCCUCAACGAGAAAUAUUUGGGCUUUGGCAUGCCCUCAACCAGCGGCUCUGGUCGUCGAGCCGCCCAAUCGACAGCCAGCCCCAUGGACAAUGAUCAGGAGGAGCGUGACAAAUGCCUGACCAAGGUGCAGGCGCGUGAUCUCGUUGAGUUUGGCAUGAUACCCGAAUUCGUUGGUCGCUUUCCGGUCAUUGUGCCUUUCCACAGUUUAAACGUCAACAUGUUGGUGCGCAUUCUCACCGAGCCGCGCAACGCUCUGGUGCCGCAAUACAAGGCAUUGUUGGGUCUCGACGAAGUGGAACUGUCAUUCACCGAGGAAGCGGUUGAAUCAAUUGCCGCAUUAGCCAUGGAAAGACACACGGGUGCACGCGGUCUACGCUCCAUAAUGGAGCAACUGCUACUGGAUCCCAUGUUUAUUGUGCCUGGCUCAGACAUUACAAGUGUGCACAUUACCGCAGACUAUGUGCGAGGCAAUGAUAAACCGAUUUAUAGUCGUAGCACGGAUGCUGAUGCCGUGGCGAGUAGCGGCUCAGAAGAAUCACCAGACUCGGAGCCCACCGACGAUAAUGAUAAGAACUUUGAGAAUAGUGAAAAAUCACGUUUAAAUGGUACAUAACCCCUCGUCCUACAAUCCCUUCCCCACAAACUUUGAAUGGCAUUUGCGCAACUAAUAUAAACAAUUACAAAUCAAUAUAUAUCACCUGUGAUUCAAAAACUGACGAGCAGCACAGAUUGUCUCUUCAUCGCAGCCGUUCAUCAAUCAAUUGUAAACAACUAGCAAUUGUAAUAAAAACACACAAAAUAAUUUAGAAUUGUAAACCAGAUAAUAAAAUUUUUUCUAAAAUUCAA